AUGUCUACUGCCAUCUCCCACGAGGACUCGAACCUACGGCCACGAGCUGUUCCUCUGCAGUCCGAUCCGAAGUCUGAGUCGACGCUCUCUCCUGCGGCCUGGAAGCUCCCCCUAGACAACAGUGGUCGGUCCACCCCCGUUCCUGAGGAUGCGCCACCCUCUGCGCGGUCCAUCUCCACAGCCAGGAAGCAGGUGCGGGCGCGCAACCGCCUGUUCUACACCAUCGACUAUGUGCCACGCGUAUCCCACUUUGAUCCGGAGAGCGACUACCACAAUUUCAGGGGCUUCUUCACCCUCUUCUGGAUUGGACUGGCUAUUAUGGUAGGGACGACGAUGCUGCGCAACAUCAAGGAUACUGGAUACCCACUGCGCGUGCGGGUGUGGAGCUUGUUGACGGCCAAUCUGUACGAGAUGGCGCUUAGCGACCUGGCAAUGGUGUGGCUACGGUGGUCUCGCGCGGGGAUAGUGAUUCAGAGUGUGGGCGAGGCACUGUGGAUGUUUCUAUGGCUCAACUGGCCAUUCAUGCGCCAUUGGACCUGGACUGCCCAGGUUUUCUUCACGCUGCACCUCCUGACCAUCCUAAUGAAGCUGCACUCCUAUGCUUUCUACAAUGGGCACCUGAGCGAAACCCAGCGCCGCUUGGCAGCUCUGGAUAAACCAGGCGAGAUCAAACCCGAAUGCCCCAUUGCAGUCCGAUACCCGGAGACACCACGACGUCGGCCAUCCAUGAAAAUGCAGCAGGACCAUGAAGAAGGCCACCCGACCGAACCCCUCGACAAGUUGCGCGAGGAUCUGGCCACCGAGCUGACUUCCCCACUGGGCAACAUCUCCUACCCACAGAAUCUCCAUGUGGGAAACUAUAUCGACUUCCUCUUCUGUCCAACGCUGUGCUAUGAGCUCGAGUACCCGCGUAAUCCCGAGCGGCGCUGGCGAGAAAUCGGAUACAAGGCCCUAGCUGUGUUCGGAUGUAUCUUCCUGUUGACUCUGACCAGCGAAGAAUUCAUUCUCCCCGUCCUGAACGAGGCCCACGUCCAGCUGGACCUUUACGACAGCGUGGCAGACAAAGCACUCAUCCUCGCAGAGUCCAUCAGCAUGCUCCUGUUCCCGUUUUUGCUGACUUUCCUGCUGGUGUUCCUGGUCAUUUUCGAAUACGUCCUCGGCGCAUUCGCAGAAAUGACCCGGUUUGCGGACCGGCAUUUCUACUCAGACUGGUGGAACUCGUGUGACUGGCUCGAAUUCUCCCGAGAAUGGAAUGUCCCCGUGCACCACUUCCUCUUCCGGCACGUCUACUUCCCCUCGCGCUCGCACUUCUCCCAGCCCGUCGCCAUGCUCAUCACGUUCCUGGUCAGCUCUCUGGCCCACGAGCUGGUCAUGAGCUGCAUCACGAAGAAACUGCGCGGAUACGGCUUCGGUGCUAUGAUGCUGCAGCUGCCUAUCGUUGCCGUGCAGAAGUCCCGGUUCUUCCGGGGUCGGACGAUUCUCAACAAUGUCUUUUUCUGGUGCUCCAUGAUUCUGGGCCUGUCUAUGAUGUGUGCUUUCUAUGUUCUGAUCUAA